AUUCGAAACGCGGGUCAAAAGAAAUCUCUUUAAGGUCGGAAGAUCCGCACAGGUUCCCGCCUCAACCACCUCAAAAACCCUAGCUCACCUACUCCGACGAGAGACCCAAGCUCCUAUAUCUCUCCGAUUAAACGAAGAUUCCUUGGCCGUCGACAGAUGCCACUAAUCUAUUGAUGACUGGAGAUAGUAGCUGGAGCUUAGUGUCCAAGGAAACGCGUCUCCCUUUGUGUGAUAUGACUAAUGUACCAAGCAAGAGAGGAAUCUCCUCGAUUCUGGGUGAUUUUCUUUUGAAAUCUGGGGACGAUGCUGGUAAGACCGUUGCUCGUGAAGGCUCAGGGGUGAAGUUUUCCAAGAGGCUGUGUUUAGUUGUAGACGACUUGGUCAAGGAGAGUACUAGGACUAGCGAUACAAACGAUGGUUCUUCUUCUGAUGACAAGAUUAGCUUUGGUGACUCACCUGCUGUUGUUGACGCUGAUUCUGAGAAUCUCGAUGUGAAAGAGUCUCAGGGUGAAACCAAUGCAGUCGAUACUGCGGUGGAACUUGGUCAGAGGGAGUGUGAAAAGGACUCGAACGUAGCUGACUUUUCGAGUCAAACCGAUGCUGUUACCGGUGAAGACUUGACCAUGACUGUAUUCAGUAGCAGCAAUUGCGGAAGUGAUGACAGGUUGGCGAUGGUGGGUGCAGAAGGAACGGGUUUGUUGCCUAGUACUGAGACUAUCAAGCCGUUUAAUAUGAGCAGAUGUUCGGCUGUUGGCAAUAUGGGGAUGGUGAACCAAGAGAUGGAAGCUGAUGAUGAGCUUAAAUCAUGCUCUUGUUCCUUUUGCCUGAAAGCUGCAUAUAUCUGGUCAGAUCUCCACUACCAGGAUAUCAAAGGUCGAUUAUCGGUACUGAAGAAGAGCCAGAAAGAAGCUAGUAGCUUGAUUCGAAGGAAUGGUAAAGGAAGGCCAACAACGGAUGUUUAUGGAUCUGAAAACUCCAAUCACUCCACAAAUGUAGAGUUUGAUGUCAUGGGUCAGUGGACAUCUCUCUUUCUUAACAUGGAGGGUAUCCUGGCUCGUGAAAGCAGCCACCUUCAGGAUAGCUUCAUAACCAUGAAAGAGUUGAGAGAAAAUUGCAAGAUUGAUUUGGAGAGAGCGACGAAAACACCUCAACAGAACAACAGUUAGAUAUUGUUGGUGUUUUUAAAAUUACUGUUUGCACUUUGGAAGAGGCUCUGUAACCUUUGAAGCAACUCAUGUAUGUAUCAUAACUUCUAGUGUCAUCCGAUUAUUGCAUCUUUGUUACUUGUUAGCUAUGAUAAUCUUGCUUCUCUUUUAGCAAUUUGUCUGUUCUUUAAGAAUUUUUGUUACCAUAUUGGGGCUCAUUGUACCUUGAGCAUGUCUUCA